AUGGAGCCGAAGGCAGAUGGAAAGCGAGGCAAAUGGCAAUCAGGUCCGAAGGCAAUAAUCCUGUUUGUUCCCGAAGUAUCAUUGUUUAUGGAAACUGCAUUAACAUCAACGCCAACGUUGCCCCCUCGCAACAACAUUUCUUCUUCUUCACAGAAAAAUGAGGGUCUUGAUUUGGCUUCUGCCACCCCAAAACAGUUGGUGUUAUUACUACAUGAUGUUAAUCUUCGCGAAGAGGUUAUCAAUCAACUAACUAAGGAAGUGAUAGCAGUGUACCCAAAGUUGUCAACCUCAAUGAUAUCUAUUAAGGAGUCAACUCGAGUGUGUAAUGCCCUUGCUUUGUUUCAGUGUAUGGGAAAUCACCAAGAAACAAGAAGGGAGCUCAUAAAAGCUAAAAUACCAUUUUAUUUUUACCCAUUUCUCAAGACCAAUGGAAAAAAUGGAAAUGACAAGCCUUUGGAGUUUAUCAGGCUCACCAGCUUGGGUGUUAUCGGUUCCCUAACAAAGUUUGAUGAUCCAUACGGUGGAGAGGUCCUUUAUUUUUUCCUGGAAACAGAACUGGUUCCUUUGUGCCUGCAUUGCAUGGAUCUAGGUGAUGAAUUGUCGCGUAAGGUCUUGCAUCGAGUGGUAGAGAAACUUUCUCAAAAACCUUGUAUACUGCUGCUAAGAUAUGUGAUACAGUCUUAUCUGUGUCUUUCACAAGUAUCAAGACCAUCUGAUGCAUUCAGAAGCCAAAUUCCUUGUCAGCUAUUCGACAACACCUUUAUGGACAUGCUUCGUGAUGACCCCGAAACUUCAACGAUGUUGCAGCAGCUAUAUCUCCAUAUAAUGCGCUGA